CUCUCUAUAUACCUUUUCAAUACUUGUGAACAGAAUAGUUGGAACUAUUCUAAAUAUUUGUAAGUGUAUUCAAAUAUCAGGGGGAGUAAUUGACAAAACAUUACACAAAAAUAGCAAGAUGGUCUAAUGGUUCAGGGGAGUAAAUGUGUUCACUUUGAAGUUAAUGUAAAUGGUCAACAUGGACUUUUACAGGGCAACAUGGGUUUUUACAGAAGAAUGGAUCCCCAUACCUUCAAUGUGAAUUCAGAUCCGUUUAGGCCAAUUUUGCUUAAUAUAUUACAUCUCCUCAACAACCCAUGAUCUGGAAUGGACCACCACCAACAUAUCAAAGCCACCAUUCAAAUGCCAACAGGUGCCCGAAACAGGGUUUUCUUAGUGGGUGCGGAGGGUCACUGAAACCAGGGACCCACGCCCAGAAUUCUCCCCAAUGAAGGUGACCUCAUGGUGGUUAAGCCUAGCACGGCUCAGCCUGCUCACUGUGUUCACAUGGAGCUCCCUGGUGCAGGGGUGUGGGCCAGGCCCCGGCAAUGGCAUCCGCCACAGGCCCAGGAAACUCAUCCCCAUGCCCUACAAGACCUCUUCUCCUAAACUUUCUGAGUAUAACCUGGGCGCCAGCGGGAGGGCAGAGGGCAAGAUCACACGCAGCUCAGAACGUUUCAAUGAACUGGUGUGUAACUACAACCCUGAUAUCAUCUUCAAAGAUGAGGAGAAAACGCUUGCUGACCGCUUCAUGACCAAGCGCUGUAAAGACUGCCUCAACAAACUGGCCAUAGCUGUGAUGAACCACUGGCCAGGAACCAAGCUCCGUGUCACAGAGGCCUGGGAUGAGGAUGGACACCACCCGCCGGACUCCCUCCACUAUGAGGGACGGGCCGUGGACAUCACCACCUCGGACCGCAUGCCAGAAAAGUAUGGCAUCCUGGCCCAGCUGGCUGUGGAGGCCGGGUUCGACUUUGUGUACUAUGAGUCCAAGUACCAUGUCCACUGCUCCGUCAAAGCUGAUCACUCGGUGGCAGUUGAGAAGGGGGGCUGUUUCCCAGGCUGGGCCCGGGUGACUGUGCCUGGAGGGGGACAGAAGACCCUGGACUCCCUGGAGCCCGGGGACAGAGUGAUGGCCCUGUCUGAGUCGGGACACCUAGUCCUCAGCCGUGUCCUUUUAUUCCUGCACAGAGACCAUGAGAGCAGGUCCACUUUCCUGGUCCUAAGCACCCAAGAUGGCCAUCGCAUUGCCCUAACUCCGCACCACCUGGUCUUCCUCUCCCCCCGCUACGAGCUCCUCCACAGUGAGUACCGGGCCCGGUUUGCCAGUAGGGCCAAACCGGGGGACUAUGUGCUCAUCCGCGGACCAGACGGCCGAGUGCAGCCCUCCAGGGUCACAUCUACGUCACAGGUGGAAGGGACGGGUGUAUAUGCACCCCUGACAGAACACGGCACCCUGUUUGUGGAUGGAGUACUGGCAUCCAGCUACGCUCUAAUAGAGGACCACAGGCUGUCACACUGGGCUUUUGGGCCCCUGAGACUGCUGCUCUCAUUCACCCAGCUGGUUGGGGGGGGGGGCGCACCGCCAAGAGUGUGGGCCUCGGGGGCCGAGAGGGAGCGCACUAAGGCGCCCGUUCACCGCAAGAGGCCAGGGGCAUGGGUAAAUCAGACACUCUGCGGCCCAGGCAUGGAUGUGAAUACAAACACUUCAGAGAGACAAAGAAGCUGGACCUAUGUAGCCCCGAACAGAGAGACUGAGCAGGGACACUGUUGCUCUGGGGGAGGAAGAGUUUCCAGUGUAUACUGGUAUGCUAGGCUGCUACACAGUCUUGGGCAGAUCUUUCUAGACCCCAAGAUAUUUCAUCCUUAGGUGAAGGGCACUAUAGGUUUACCUUUGGUACCUGUAUACUACUGAUAAUAUUUACACUGUUUUACUCAUAAUUCCUAUUCCGUUACAUUUACACUAAUGCUGUUUUUAUUGUGCCAUGUCGAGUUUAAACUGUGUGCACCUCUAGGGUAUAUUUGCAUCUUACUCACUGCUAUGGGCCUUGUAGUGUAUUUAUGAAUUUUGUAUCUCCUCUUUUACGUUCAGUAAAUAUGUUGAUGGUUGGUAAGGAAGAUUUCAAAAGCUUUAAAAUGAGUACUUAGAUGAGAGAAAUGGACUUGCUAUAACAGAAUCAGCAUGGUGUAAUGUUUGUGUACUGUUAAUUAAUUGUAUAUGUAUCCUAUUUAGAUAACAUAUAUAUGCCAACACAGUGGUUUAAUUAUGUGAUUCAUUAUUCAGAAAACAUGAGGAAAUAUGAGUUUGUCCCAGAAACAAUAAAAGCUUUAUUUUUGUACCUUCUGAAUCAUAAUAUAUGAAUAUAGCAAUUUAUUGUAAUUAUUAUGACUAA